AUGACCUCUAAUGACAAAGACUUCUCAGUAGAAUGUUACAAACUGUUCCAAAUGUUUAGGGACAGAGGUUAUCCAGAAGAGUUUAUUUACAAUAUAUGGGAACAAGUCAAAGAGGGUAGAAAAGAUAGGUUUAGACCUAUUUUAGGCUUGGGACCAUCUGUCAAUGUCCCUAAUAGAUUGAAUAAUCAAUUAGAUUACAAAAAAGCUUUCAUCACAGAAUUUAGUGCAAAUUCUGGUCUCAUCCGGGACAUUAUUUGCAAGGAAUGGGACAUUUUUAAGGACAUUACUGACCUAGAGAAUAUACAUGGCAAGGAUAUUAGAACUGUUUUCCGUAAGGGGAAAAAUGUAAAAAACAUUUUGGAAACAAGAUUUUCCCAGUGUCAUAUUUCCCAUAGACGCAAUGGUACUUACAGAUGUGGAUCUUGUGCACAAUGUUCUUAUAUUGUGCACAAUGAAGAAAUACAUCUUUCAGUCAAAAAUAAAACCAUCAAGGGAGAAGGUUUGGAAAAUUUUUGGAAAGUGCUUGUAGAAGGUAAAAAUUGCACUGUGGAAAUCCCAUCAGAAAGAUUUAAUACUAAACUGUGGUAUCAUCAAGAUGACAAAAUGCCUGGAAAAAUUUGCACAUCCCGUGCAGCUCUCAUUGAUGGAUUCAAUGGCUUUGAUCACACUUUAUUUGGAAUCAGUAAAGAAGAAGCAGAUCGCAUGGACCCACAGCAAAAACUGUUGCUGGAAUGUACGUACAGAGCACUAGAAGAUGCAGGAACCCCACUAGAGAACAUAAGUGGAACCAGAACAGGGGUCUUCAUUGGUCUGAUGAACAGGGAUUUUGAGGUGAUUGUGAAUGAUGUUGCAAGUAACAUAAAUCAUUACAGUGUCUCCGGCGCUGCCUCAAGCAUAGCCGCUAACAGGAUCUCCUACUGCUUCAAUCUAACCGGACCUUCCCUUACUAUUGACACGGCAUGUUCAUCAUCUCUUGUUGCCCUGCAUUACGCAUGCCAGGCUAUUAAACAAGGGGACUGUGAAAUGGCACUCUGUGGAGGAGUUAGCUGUAUUAUUGAACCUCGAAUUUAUGUAGCUCUGAGCAAAGCAAAAAUGAUUUCAGCGGAUGGAGUCUGCAAGCCUUUUUCAAACAGAGCUGAUGGAUAUGGAAGAGGAGAAGGAUGUGGUGUUCUUUUACUGAAGCCCCUAAAAAUGGCAAUUAAAGACUGCAACAAAGUAUGGGGGAUCAUAGUAAGUAGUGUAGUAAAUCAGGAUGGAAAAUCUGUACGCCCAAUAACAAAACCAUCACAAAGCCAGCAGGAGGCACUCCUAAGGAUGAUAUAUACAGGACAUUUAGACCCUUCAUGCGUACAAUAUGUUGAAGCUCAUGGGACUGGGACACCUGCUGGUGACAUCACAGAAGCAACCAGUAUAGCAAACAUAUUGGGAAAACCCAGAGAUCCUGGUGUGCCACCUCUGAGAAUGGGUUCUGUUAAAGGAAACAUUGGUCACACAGAGUCCGCAGCUGGAGUUGCAAGUAUAAUUAAGGUACUACUGAUGAUGGAACAUGAAACCAUUGUUCCAUCACUGUACUACACCGAUGAUUCUGAUGGCAUUUGUGCAGGUGAAUUAAAUAUCAAGAUCCCAACUACUGUGGAGAAAUGGGAUGACUUUAACGGGACUGGCAGAAUUGCUGCUUUGAACAGUUUUGGAUUUGGGGGGACAAAUGCCCAUGUAGUAGUGAAACAUUAUCGCCAAGCAUCACUGCCUAGCUCCAGACAGCGACCAUGGGAGAUACUAGUAAUGUCAGCCACCUCACAAAAGAUGCUUAAACAAAACUUGAUGGAAAUGAUUGCACACAUAAGUAAGGAUUCAUCUGUAACACUGCAGAACAUGGCUUAUACAUCAGCCUGCAGGAGAAGUCAUGAAAGCUACAGAUACAGAAAAUCAUUCAUAUCACGUUCUCUAAGUGAUCUACAGCAGCAGUUUAAGCUGGCAGUGGGUGAAGAUAUUGACCCAAAAACACAAGACACACAACUUAUUUUUGUGUUUUCAGGCAGUGGUGCAGCAUACAAUGGAAUGUGCAAGGAACUGCUAAAAGCUGAGCCAGUGUUUAAAGGCAAGAUUAAUGAGAUAGAAGAUAUAAUUCAAAAAUAUACCCCCCUGAAGCUUUCACAUUUAAUAGAAAAUGACUUUGCUGACCUAACCAAGCCAAACAUUGUACAGCCCCUGUUAUUUGCUAUACAAGUGGCCCUUGCAGCACUUUUAGAAGACUGGGGAAUUAAACCUGAUGUUGUCGUUGGCCAUUCAGCUGGAGAAGUGGCUGCUGCUUAUUGUUCUGGGUUAAUAUGUCUCAGCGAUGCUGUGCACAUUGUAUAUCACAAAAGUGAGCUGCAGGCAAAAGUUGUUGGGGGGAAAAUGCUAGUAGUCAGCAAUAUUCCUGUUACUGAGGUAUCUAAAAUCCUUGACUCAUAUCAAGGAGAGCUGUCAAUUGCUGCAUUUAAUAGUCCUGUUUCCUGUACAGUAGCUGGAGACACUCAUGCACUAGAGACCCUAUAUGUCAUGUUAAGCACAUCCUAUGACAAAACAGAUAUAUUUCUUCAUAUGUUAGACUGCCCAGUUGCAUAUCACAGUCCUAUGAUGGACAGUAUUAUGAGACCAGUUGAGGACAGCAUAGGAAAAUUGCAGCCACAAAAACUGAAGGCAGAGCUUAUUUCAACAGUGACAGGAACUGUGGCAGGUGAUGGAGAUUUCACUACAGGCAGAUACUGGAGCAGGAACAUAAGGGAACCGGUCAUGUUUGAAAACUCAAUAAAAUCUGCUAUCAAAGGGAAACCAAAGUGUGUAUUCAUUGAAAUAGGACCCAGGAGUGUCCUGAAAAGAAAUCUAACUGAAAUUUUAGGAAAUGCCAUUACAGUUAUUCCAGCUGCUCAGCCAGGCAAAGACUAUGAGACACUUCUUACCCUGAUUGCUAGACUGUUUGAACUAGGAUAUAACCUUCAAUGGCAGCACAUAUUUGUAGGUUAUGAAGGUCUACCAGCUCCCUUUCCAAAAUAUCAUUUUGAUCAUUUCCAGACUUACAUGAACUAUGAAGUAAUAAAACAUGCCAUGUCAACUUCAGUAGCAUCAAGACAUCCACUUAUUUUCAGUACAAGCAGUGAUCAGAGAUAUGUCAGUUGCAUGAUACUACCAUCAAGUACACCAUAUGUUUAUGAGCAUAAAAACAAUGGAAUUGUUAUAAUCCCUGGCUCUGUUUAUGUGGAGCUUGGCAUAGCUUCUGUUUUAAGUGGUCUAAAACCUGAGCUAUGUCUUAGGUCUUGUCAGCUGAGUGUUACAUUUUUCAGCCCUUGCAUAAUUACAGAAAACCCUACUAUACUGAAUAUUAAAAUCGAACCACAAGGCACAGCAACUAAAUUUAGUGUGAUGUCAUUGUCAACUACAUAUGCAGCAGGGCAACUCCAGCAACAGAAUAGUUUUGUGCUUGAAGAAAUUCAUAUUUCUCUGGAACAUAUUUUCCUAAGGUGCAAAACCCACAUAAAAGGAGAAGAACUUUAUGAAAAAUUGUCUAAAAUAGGAUUCCAGUAUGGACCAGUUUUCAGACAGCUUAGCAGUGUGUUUUACAAUGAAGAUCUGAAGGAAGCCAUAACAGUAAUCAGAGUUCCAGAACAGAUUGUUACAGAGCUAAAUAAAUAUUUCAUACAUCCAGUUGUACUUGAUUAUUUUUUACAAAUGUCAAUAGUUGUGGCACAAAGCAAUUUUAAAUCUAAAGCAGUAUUUCCUUCCUUUGUAAACUGCCUGGCUGCUCCUCAUUCAUUUCAACCAGAAAUGAUAAUCUAUCUAAAGAUAAGUGAAGUCACACCACACUACAUGGAUGUCUGUGGAUGUUUUGCAGAUAUAAACGGAUUUGUUUUGGUGGAACUUAAACAUGUCAGAAUUGCAUUUUUAACACCUGAAUCUUCAGUCUUAGACCAUUGCUUCUUUCAUAAUGAAUGGAAACUCAUGCCAGUUAGUACAGUGAAUUCUGACUGUAGCCCUACGGUUCUGUUUUUUCUGGAAAAAAGUGAAUUAGCCCAAAGUGUCGUAAGGCUGUUGCCCUAUGAUGUCACUUAUGUUACAUACAGCAAUGUGGAAAUAACAUCAAUGGCUGAUAUUUCAAAGCUGUGCGUGUCUAGAGGUAUAAGAACAGAUUUUAGUGAGUAUGAUGAAGUAUGGUUUAUGGUGGGAAAUGAAGAUCUUAGUAACCAUCAGCCAAGUAAACUGCUCGAAUGUCUUCUCAAUAUCUGUGACAUCUACCGCCAAGUAGUCCUUAAAGUAAGAGAAAGAAAAAAUAAAUGUUCUGUAAGAACUAUUACAUACAGAGCAACUGAGCAAACAGUGGCUCAUGUUAAUGCAGGAUUUGUGAUAUGUGGAAUGACAAGAGCGUGUGCGGCAGAGAUUCCAGCUCUAACAUUUCAACUGAUUGAUUUGGGUUCCCAUAGCAUGAUGAAUAUACAGGCUUUAGCUGAUAUGCUAACUAAAUAUAAAGCUUCUGACUUUCCUGAAGUUGUGAUAAAUCACGGUAAUAUUUACACAUCAGAAAUUGCACAUACUGUCCACAAACAGGCUAACAGUAAUCUUCAUGCAGUCUCUCUUGAUAGCAUUGAGAAUUAUGCUGUAAGUAGUUCACAUCCAUAUGAAACUGCAGAUGUGGUUUCUCAACCAGAACAUAAGAGGGUUACUGAACUAUCUAAUCAUGCAGUUGAAAUUGAAAUCAAUAAUGUCUGCAUUCAUUCUUCUGACUAUUUUCCUGUUACUGAGUCUUUCUUACAGCAUGGAAACACACUGUAUUGGAGCAGACAUGUAAGAGAAAAGCAUGCUUUAGUAGCUCUAGACUUUAAUGGUACAGUUACUGCAACAGGACAAGAUGUUAAAGGACUCAAAGUCGGAGAUCAUAUUAUUUCAUCUUACCCAGUCAAGUUAUUCCCAAAAAUCGCUAUCCCAGAGACAGUGUGCUACAAAAGUCAAAAGCUACAUUUUCUUAAGUAUGCCCCAUGUCUCUCUUACUUCAUUUUAGCCUGGGAGAUAUUCCAGCAAACUCUGCCAAGAGCAAGCCGCAAUUCAUCUUUAGUUAUUGUUUCCAUCACACCUGAAGCAGUUCUGUACAGAGUGUUACUCUGUAUGGCUAAUGAGUGUGGUUGGCAAGUGAGUACAGAAACCAAGAGUACUGCUCUGCCUAAUAUGGUUAAAUGUGACGCUCUGAUUUUUCUUCCUCCAUUUGGUAAGGUUUUAUCUGAGAACAUAUAUGACAGCUCUUUGGUGAAACACAUAGUAAUUGUGGGUAAUGGACCUAUGCAAAGUACAUUACUGAACAGUGUGAUAAAAGGUAGAAAUGAAGACACACAAGUGCAUUCUCUAUGUCCAAAAAACAUUUUCCAAAAACCAUACCUUAAGAAAAUCAAGCCUCUUGUUUACAGAUGGAUUUUAUCAUCAAAUAUAAGCAAAUCUCUUGCCAUUCCAUAUUCAGUCUUUCAGGCCAAGAAGGACAGCACUGAAGUCUUACAUUCGACGAAUCCACAGACCUACUUUAUUUGCACGGCCAUCUCUGUUAUAGUACUGAAACCAAUUAUCUCAAAUAAUGUCUCCAGCAUCAUGCCAGUCAAUGAUGCAGAAAAACAAUUAUUUAGACAUGAUUCUUCUUAUAUUGUGACAGGCGGACUCUCAGGCCUUGGGUUUGAAACAGUAAAAUUCAUUGCAAAACAUGGAGGUGGAAGCAUUCUAAUUCUAUCCAGAAAAGCACCUACAACUGAAAGGCAGGCAGAGAUUGAUAAUCUGCAAACAGAAUAUAAAGGGACAAAAAUUAUUAGUCUGCCUUGUGAUGUUGGAGUUUGGUUAGAUGUACAGAAGAUGAUGACCUUAAUUGGUAAACUGUUCCCCAGUGCACCAGUUAAAGGGGUAUUCCACAGUGCGGUUGUUCUGAAUGAUGGCCUUCUUCCAGAGCUUCACAGAUCACUGUUUGAGAAAGUGUUUGUUCCCAAAGUGGGAGGAGCAAUUAAUCUACAUAAUGCAACAAAAGCCCUGCAGUUGGACUAUUUUGUGUGUUAUUCAUCCAUGACAUCAUUUAUUGGAAACAUUGCCCAGUCAAACUAUGCUGCUGCAAACUCAUUUAUUGAUGCGUUUUGUCAUUACAGAAGGAACUGUGGACUUCCUGCUCAGUCAAUCAAUUGGGGUCCUAUGAGUAUAGGCUUACUGCUUAACAAAAAACCUGCUCAGAACUUCCUGGAAUCCAAAGGGUUGUUAACAUUAAAUAUUUCAGAAAUUCAUGUUUGUCUAGAAAAAUGUUUAACUCAGAAUUAUCCACAACAAGCUAUAGGCAAGUUUGAUUUUAGAAAAUUAAUGUGUCAUGCUCUGUCUGAAAAUUUAGCCCUCAGAAAGCGAUUCAACUCACUGAUGUCAGAAGAAAUAUAUAGAAUGAAUACAGAAUAUGAAAGUGAGAGGGUAGCUAAACCAGCCUUGAUAAAGCCCAGUGAUUAUAUUAGGUCAUUUUUGUCAGAAAUUAGUCACAGCCUGCCACAUGAAAUAUCAAGCAAUACAUUAUUAUCUGUAUUUGGGCUGGAUUCUAUGAGUGGCAUAACAUUUCAGAAUCAGAUAUUUCAGGAAACAGGUAUAUAUAUUCCACUUGUUAAAAUUCUUGAUCCAAAUACAACAAUAUCUGUACUGGAGUCAUAUAUGAAAGAAAACUGCCUCCUCAGUCCAUAA